AGGGUUGGAUACGAAGCGGAUAUCUUGAAUGAAACAAUAUAUGUGAUCCACUUUGUAACUAACAAAUAACUUAGAUAGCCAUGUUUCAAAGAUCAUUACUCUUCCUUCUCAUAGCUCUUCUGAUUCAAUCUUCUUUCCUUUUUAAGAUUUCCUCUGCUCUCAAGGAAGGAAAAACAUGUAUAACAAACAGCAACUGUGACGCUGGAUUACACUGCGAAACAUGUAUAGCCAACACUGAUUUUAGACCUAGAUGCUCCCGAACCCAACCCAUAAACCCCAUCUCCAAGGCAAAGGAAUUGCCUUUCAACAAGUAUUCAUGGUUAACCACACACAACUCCUUUGCUCGUUUGGGGGAAGUAUCAAGGACCGGUUCUGUGAUUUUGGCGCCUACUAACCAGCAAGAUUCAAUCACAAGCCAACUCAAUAAUGGUGUAAGAGGGUUUAUGCUCGACAUGUAUGACUUCGAAAACGAUAUCUGGCUUUGCCAUUCUUUCGAUGGAACGUGUUUCAAUUUCACAGCUUUUCAACCGGCGAUUAACAUUUUAAGGGAGUUUCAAGUGUUUCUAGAGAAGAACACAGAGGAAGUUGUAACGAUUAUAAUUGAAGACUAUGUGAAAUCGCCUAAAGGUCUCUCAAAAGUGUUUGAUGCGGCUGGGCUACGAAAGUUCAUGUUUCCGGUAGCUAGAAUGCCCAAAAAUGGAGGGGAUUGGCCAAGGCUUGAUGACAUGGUACGACAAAACCAACGGUUGCUAGUUUUUACAUCCGAUUCACAUAAAGAAGCAACCGAAGGGAUCGCAUAUCAAUGGAAGUAUAUGGUUGAGAAUCAAUAUGGAAAUGGAGGACUGAAGGUAGGAGUGUGUCCAAAUAGAGCUCAAUCAGCACCGAUGAGCGAUAAAUCGAAAUCUCUUGUUCUUGUGAACCAUUUCCCUGAUGCUGCGGAUUUGAUAGUAGCAUGUAAACAAAACUCUGCUUCUCUUCUUGAAUCCAUCAAGACAUGUUACCAAGCCGCAGGACAGCGAUGGCCUAACUUUAUAGCAGUCGAUUUCUACAAGAGAAGUGAUGGUGGAGGAGCUCCGCAAGCGGUUGAUGUUGCGAAUGGCAAUUUGAUAUGCGGUUGCGAUAACUUUGCAGCGUGCAAGGGUGACGGCAAAUGUGGAUAGUAAGAAAGACUGAGCCACCAGAAGCAACUCCCAUAACCAAAGGCUUUCUGCGUUUGUUGUCACUAGUUGUCACCUUUGUGUCAUCUCUUCCAUAAAAUUUUAAACUUUUC